GCGGGGAUUUGUGGGUGUUCUGCUGGGUGCCGAGGCGCGCUCGGAUCGAAGGUUCGGCGGAGCGGAGCACCGGACCGGAGGGUUUUUAUUUUAAAGUGUAUAUAACAUUUUUAAUCUGCCUGUCAACGCGCCAACGCUCGCGAGAGAGAAAAAAACACACACACAGAAAAAAAGACACACGAAGCGCGCCGGCCCGGACCAUGUCGGUGAGGGAGACGUUCAACCCCGAGAGCUACGAGUUGGAUAAGCACUUUCGGCUGAGCCGCUUCGCCGAGCUGAGGGGAACUGGCUGCAAAGUGCCGCAGGAUGUCCUGCACAAGCUGCUGGAGGCCCUGCACGACAACCACUACCAGGACGACGAGCAGUUCCUCGGCGCCGUCAUGCCCCGGCUGGGUAUUGGGAUGGAUACAUGCGUUAUUCCUUUAAGACAUGGUGGUCUUUCUCUGGUUCAGACAACUGAUUAUUUUUAUCCUAUUGUUGAUGAUCCAUAUAUGAUGGGUCGUAUUGCUUGUGCCAAUGUCUUAAGUGAUCUUUAUGCCAUGGGUGUCACAGAGUGUGACAACAUGUUGAUGCUACUUGGAGUCAGCAAUAAAAUGACAGAUAAGGAGCGGGACAAAGUAAUGCCACUAAUAAUACAGGGUUUUAAAGAUGCAGCAGAUGAAGCGGGUACAUCAGUUACUGGUGGGCAAACGGUACUAAACCCUUGGAUCAUUUUAGGAGGUGUGGCCACUACAGUCUGUCAGCCGAAUGAAUUCAUCAUGCCAGACAAUGCAGUACCAGGUGAUGUAUUGGUACUAACAAAACCACUUGGGACUCAAGUAGCAGUGGCUGUACAUCAGUGGCUUGAUAUACCAGAAAAAUGGAAUAAGAUUAAGCUUGUUGUCACACAAGAAGAUGUGGAAUUAGCUUACCAAGAAGCAAUGAUGAAUAUGGCACGGUUGAACAGAACCGCUGCUGGCCUUAUGCACACCUUCAAUGCACAUGCAGCAACGGAUAUCACAGGCUUUGGGAUUCUCGGGCAUGCACAGAACCUGGCAAAACAGCAGCGAAAUGAGGUGUCAUUUGUCAUCCAUAACCUCCCCGUACUUGCUAAAAUGGCAGCUGUAAGCAAAGCUUGUGGAAACAUGUUUGGAUUGAUGCAUGGCACUUGUCCUGAAACGUCAGGUGGCCUUUUGAUUUGUCUUCCACGAGAACAAGCAGCUCGGUUUUGUGCAGAAAUAAAAUCGCCAAAAUACGGUGAAGGCUACCAGGCUUGGAUUAUUGGAAUAGUGGAGAAGGGCAAUCGCACUGCCAGGAUCAUAGAUAAACCACGGAUCAUUGAAGUCGCUCCAACGGUUGCAACACAAAAUGUUAAUCCAACUCCUGGUGCCACGUCUUAAAGAAAACCAAGCACCCAGACACAUGACAUUUAUUGCAAUUCUGAUGCCAUCCCAAGCAACUUUGUAAAUUUAACUUGUCUGCCGAGUGUUGGCCUUCUGGCAGACGUUGCGUGGAUAUCAAAUAAAUCCAUUGCCUUGUUUUUCUGUUACAUUAACUGAAGAUGCACCUAAUACUAAGGCAGCUUCUAAGUUGAGAAUUUAUUAUCCAAUACUGUUGAUUCAUUUUGAAUCUAUAGACACUUACUGUCUGUGCCACAUAGGCUCUCCUUAAUGUGCUUCACAUAGAGCACACCUUACCAACAGCAGUGCAGCACCAUUUCAUUUGUCUGGUCAAUAUAUUACAAAAACUGUGUGCCUGCAAGUCUGUUGCCUUGAAAGCUUUUCAGAGAAAGUUGCAGAUUGCAGUUGUUGCACCGUAUAGUGGAAUGCAGCAGUUUGCAUGAUUUCAUUUGGUCUUUGAUUUGUAAUGUUUAUUCACACAGUUAAGAUGUAAUGUUAGUGUUGACUUCACUCAGUUGCUCUCUCUGUAUAAAAACAAAACACAAGUAGGUCCUCUGUGCUAUAUUCGCAUGGCCAGCACUUCACUUGAAGGAGAAGUACUUCUGUCCAAUUAGGCAAAUCUUAAAUAAUGAUGUUAUCAUGGUAUGUUUUCUAUUUGUUCUUUUGUAGCAGACACAGAUGUAUGUGCUAGUCUACACUGUGGUUCACUGUUUUAUCAUGCAGGAAAUGUCGCAGACCAAAAGAGAGCUACUGUAAAGUACUCUAAGAUUGAAGCUCAGAUUGAACUACACUAUGGCUUUUUUUUAAAGUAAUCAAUUAUGUUGACUAUGUGCUGUGGUUAUUAGUGUUUAAUACAUUUUAUAUUUUGUAAAAUGAUAUCUGCAUCUGCUUUUCUAUAAAUGCAACUAAUCUUUAGCAUAAAACAACUUAGUUUUUAUUUUUUUAAUUAUGCUCUAUUGAUUCCCUGCUAUUCUGUUAAAUCUAAAUAAUAUUGCUGAUGUCAUAUCUUGAAUUUGCAUACUCUAAUGAAUAUUUAAAGUUUUUCCUUUCUCCCUACCCAACUCCAUGUAUGUUAUUUUUGAGUACAUACCUUUGUCUCUGUAUAAUAUGUUAAAGUGUAUGAAGAUUGAGAUUUUGUUACUUGGGGGCCUUUUUCUCCCUGCUUCCCCAGUGCAUUCUCUUCCUCUGUCCCUGCCCCUCAUCUUUCCCUAUAAAGGUUUCUCACAGCACAAUAACCCAGUUCAUUAAAUUCGAAAUUUGCUAAGAUUGCUGUUGAUCUUAUUUCUGUUUCCUUUACCCUUCUCAUCCUGCAUUAUUACUAUGAAUAAGUUUCUCCCAGGCAUUUCAUAAUAAUGCUGUAGCUUUGGUGGUUUAUAAAUAUAAUUGCAUUUGCCGGUUGUUGGGCAUAAUCAAUUAUUUGCCCUAGUUUGUGCUAAAUUCUGUUGUGAAGUACAUAUCUUGACUGUAUUUGUACUUCUAUAUUUUAGAAUUUAGGCCUCUGAAGAGUUGAAUUUUUAAAUGUUUGUUAAAUAGUUCUCUUCAAAUAGUAGGGUAUUGAUAUGCUUGGUGCACUGGAGUUUCCACAAUAAUUUUCCUUCAUAAUCAACUGAAAGGUAGGUUUAUAACAACAAGUUUAUUCUGUUUACUGACGUUAUCUCCCAGAAGAGCAAGCUUAUCCAACAAUAGCAACAUCAGGUACCUAGUGAAGAAUUGAGCUGUUUCAUUAAAAUAAAAAAAUUAAGCAAAAUGGAUCAUUUAAGGGCCAAAUAAAUUAGAUAUUUUAAGUCAGAAACAUGAGAAUAUCUGCUGAUGCUGGAAAUCAAAGCAACACACAGAAUGCUUGAGGAAUUCAACAUGGCCUGCUGAGUUCCUCCAAUACUUCGUGUGUUGCCUAGACACUUUUAACUGUUUGCUAGGCAUCAGUAUUUGCUAAUAAGAUGCAGACAAGUUUAGAAUCUAGUCCAUUCACUCACUCUGCAUCUGCUGGGAUGCUCAUGCAUAUCCUACUUUGAUACCACAUUUAUUGGGAAAUACUUCCAGUAAUUUUCUCUAUCAACUUAAUCACUAUUGGAUGUUGACUCAUUUGUGGAGUGCCAGUUUGCUUUUCUUCAGUUGGGCAUGUUGCAGCUGUUUUGGGUAUUGCACCUUUGUCAAUUGUCAAAACUUUUAAUAACUUAUUCCAUUUCUCCACAGAUGCUACCUGCCCUGCUGAACUCUCCUAGCAAUUAGCAAAUUCCAAACUCCAGCAAGUAGAAACUUUAUUGCUUUUUAUAAACUGUUUGGUCUGCUUAAGAUAUUAUCUGAUUAGUGAGUUUAUCAUGACAGAAUAACUAUUUAAACACAUUACAGAAUUGAACUAGCCUGUGGUUUUCUGGUUGAGACCAAUGGGUUAAAUCCUAAUGGUUUGUUACUUGUGUUUGUCAGUGUCAGUUUUGCUGCUCGCAUAGUUCUGGUGCACCAACUUGUUCAAAGAAUUUGUUCAAGGAACUUGUUUUAGUUUACAGAUGGCUUAAAAGCCCAUCAUUGUCGUAACUCAAUAUCUAAAGCAUGCAUUUACUUGAGGGAUUAAUUGAGUUAUGUCUUUUUUUUUCAAUGACCUGAGAAAGAAGCUCACCUCUAUUUCAUUAAUGCUCCCUUAUAAGUAUGUCUGCAAUAGAUUGAAUUCUGCAUCAUUUUGGUUCUACACAAUGGAGUGGAGUGAACUUUUUGAAAGUCGGAAAUAAGUUGCGGGCAAAAAUAAGAGUCUGUGCCUUCAAGGCCCUAUUCUAGGAAGCUUCAUAAAAGGAAAGUAAAUAAGUGAAUUUUUCAUUUAAUAUUUUUUGACUAUUGAUACAAUAGUUUAACAUUUAUUAAAAAAUUUACUGUACAAAAAUAUUUUGCCUGUCUUCAAAGCUUCUUAAACUCAAAUCAUAGAAAGGUAAUCCCACAAAUAUGAAUCUCCUUGUAUGAACAGAAAAUUAUAUAUACAGUAAAAGCAAUCUGAAUGAUGCAUUUAGACUGGAUUCUACCAAAUGUUUGAAUAAAGCAGCAUUUAACAUGGAUUCAACCCCACAUCAAUCUGCCUACACCUUGAGGAACUAAAAAUAUGAGAAUACAAUCUGAAUUGACUCUAGCAAUAUUAGUUUAUCCUACAUAUCAGCUCCCUUUGUAAGCUUGGGAGCUAGCUAGACUGAGACUUCACCAUCAUGCAUAGGAAUUCUGAUUAGUUAUGUAUUUCAAAAGAGGGUUUUUGUCUGAAAUAAGCUGCUUUACAGACCAGUAUUGUACUGAAGGUUUUUUUUUUGGGGGGGGGGGGGGGGAGAAUGUUGACAGUUACCUCCAUGUUGAAAUUUGGAGCAGCUUUUGUAAAUGGAGAGACCAAAUGGUGUGAAAGGACUGUAAUCACUAAUUCUAAACUCAAAUAAAAUCUGAAAGUUGUGCUCAGAAGUGUAGAUGUUCGAUUAUAAUUUGGCUUUUUAUUUUACCCAUGCUUUCAGCCAUUUACCUUUAAAAGCUUAACAUUCACAGCAACAAUGUGGGGAAUUUGUUUUCAGGUGCCUUUGAUUGAGGUCUUAUUCUGCAUGUAUCAGCUUCUGUGAGACAUCUAGCAGUUGUUGCUGAAACAAAUUCGUAAUGCUCCAUUCAAACCAUUUUCUCCAAAGUUCACAGUAAAUUUUUAACAAAGUGCGUAUGUCUCCAUAUACAACCCUGAGAUUAAUUUUCUUGCAGGAAUUUACAAAUAACAAAGACUGACAAACAACUAAUGUGCAAAAGAAGACAAA